GGAGGAGUGCUCUGAAGGGAGAGCCAGGAGCCCUGGGGCUGCCCCGAGGUAAGGUGAGGCACCAGGAGGGCCCCUGCAGGUGGAGGGCCCAGCAGGCAGAGACAGAGCAAGGAAGACAGGGCUGGUGGCUGGAACAGGUGACACCUAGCACGACAGCAAGCAAGGUGGAGCCCGUGGUAGAGAGCAAGACCCACUCCACGGAGAGUCGUGAGGCCACAGGAACAUCCAAGGCUGUGCCCACCCCAUCUCAUCCGCUUCCUCUCCCUACCGCUGUCUCUCCAGAUGCCUUCGACUCCACAGCAGCCCUCUGGGCACACGAUGGGACUCCCUGCGGCAGAGCUGGGGUCGUGGCCCCCACUGGCCUGCGGGCCAUGCAUCCCCAUCAUGCUGGCCCUGGCCUCCCUCGCCGCACUCUUCCUCCUAACGACAGCCGUGUUGGCUGAACGCCUGUUCCGCCGCUCUCAGCACCCAGACCCCAGCAACCACGCACCCACCCUGGUCUGGCGCCCGGGAGGAGAACUGUGGAUUGAGCCCCGGGGCACCCCCCGAGAGCGCUCGGAAGACUGGUACGGCUCUGCGGUCCCCUUGCUGAUGGACCGGGCCCCAGACCCUCCCACCCCCGGGGGCACCUUGGAGGCCCGCGCGACAGCCCCCCUUGCCCCUUUAGCCCCACUCUCCCCUCCCAGCUCCUUGGUCCCCCGCCCCCCACCCAGGGCCCCAGCCCGCAGCACCUUCCGGGGGCCCCAGGCCUUGGACGAGAGGCCCUGCGUCCCAGGCUUGGUGAGCUGGGCUGAGCCAGAACAGAAGCCGGAGGCCAGUGUGCCCUUGGGGAGCCCCCAGGCCCAGAGGCUGCGACUAGGAAGCCCUGAUCCUGAGUGGGGCCUCCAGCCUCGGGUCACCCUGGAGCAGAUCUCUGCUUUCUGGAGGCGUGAAGGUCGGACCAGUGUGGGGUUCUGAAUCCCCAGGGCCUGGAGGACUGAACCCCGAAAGACCCCUGGGGAAGGUCCUACCUCAGAGAGUCUCUCCCAGGCCUCGAGGCCCUGCAGCUCCAGCCUGGGAGCCCAAGCUGAUACCUGGGCCUCAGGGGAGAAGACCCCCCACCACUGCCUGCCUUUUACAUCUGAAUUUCAAUUCCCUGGAUUUGGGGCCGGGCAGGCUCCCUGUGGGCAGAGCUGGUGCUGCAGGGGAAACCCAGGGCUGCGGCACAGAGAAUCAGAGAAUCGGGGUGGGCCCGACUCUGCCAGAAGCCACCAAAAUCACAUUGCAGAUUAAGAUCUCAAAGUACCAAAGAGGCAGAAAAUAUUAUCAUCGCGGAGGCGUCCACCUCCCUUCCCUGCGCACCUAAGAUGCUGAGACUGGAGUGCGGGGGUCCCGUGGAUACGGAAGAGCAGGCUGAAUGUGGGUGACGAGGGUCAGUCCCGCCAGCAGGAGAGGACAGGAAGCCAGCCUCCCAGAGCCACAGAUAUGCCUCCAGGAAAACACACACAGAGGUCAAGACCAGGCAGAAGAUCCUCUUAUUACAUCUCACCUGUGGCUUUGACCCCCAACUCGCAACAGGGAACUUGGUCAGCCAAACUGGAGAGGCCCCUUCCUGGCCUACAGCUGGGACCUCUCGUCAACGGAGAUCAGCAGACAGCCCUGAGACUCGGACCCCCCCAGGGCAAGGGAGGCCAGCCAAGGAGAUGUCAGUUCGAUCCAAUGUGGAAAGGAAAACUGUCCCAGGGUAGAGAGCCGCUCCUAAUAUGCGGCCUCUGGCCACCCUUCCUCCCAGCUUGCCGGAUCGGGUCGGAGAGACAGAUGGGCCCCGAGGCAGGCUUAUUUAUAACGCUCCAACCUGGAAAAAUGGAGCUCAGAGAUGUCCUUGGCUCUACAGCCGUCUGUCCGAGCAGACCUCCACUCUGGGAGACGAACCAGAAGCUGGGGAGAGGGGAAGGAGUCUCCAUUCACAGGGGUCUGAUUUCCCCAACUUCAGUCAUGAAUGUUAGGAUUUUUGCCGUUGCCACUUUACCGCCUGUACUAUUAUUUACUCCAUAUUUUUCUUUAAGAUGAUUUACUAUUUGCUUAAUAAAUUUAUUUGAAAAGGAA